CAAAGCGAAAUGAGUUGUUCCUUUGGCGUCCGAUGUUAAUAUGGUUGUGUUUGCGGAGUAAAUUGUGUCUGAAAUUCAAAUAUGGCUACCAAGGAAAUGGACUCGUAAGAUAGAUGCUUUUUUUGUCGUUCUUUUAAUUUCACAGCUGUUACUGACUGAAGUGUUGUUUUUCUUCCUCCACAGAACAGUCCAAAUGCGGCUCUACACUCUUACUAAGCGGCAGUUUGUUUUGGUCUUCGUCUCGUUUUUCGUGGCUUUUUUCCUCACAGUUAUCAUUGGAAUUGCAGGUGUGUCGCCAUUAGUGAAGCUAAUUUAAUGUACAAAGCAGAGAAAAAGUCAUCUUCAUGUAUCUGGGGGGUAUUCGAGCGUUGGAAAAAGCGGCAAAUUUUGCAGCCGCAGUAAUCUAGUCAGGCAAUGGCUCAACGAUUUGGUUAUAGCGGCUAAACAGCCUAUGAAAUUCCCAUUGUACUUAUAAUCUGUAUUUUUACUGAAUAUGUCUUAAAACGACACAUUAAAAUGGCUGGAGUUAUCUCCAGUCUUAUAAGAAUGGUCUUUUUCAGAAUUGAACCAGUAAAAUCCUCUGGCAGUGAAAAUAAAUAAUUACAGAUCAAUGAUCAAAGUCCUGACUUUCAUUAAUGACAAAUUUUAAGUUCAGACGUGUUUUCUCGCGAGUUAUCGGUUGCCUCGGUGUUCAGGGGCGCUUACAAAUAUGAACAAUCAAUUUGUUAACAUUUUGGGCAAAGAGCGUCUUUCGCUUCUGAUCCCAAAACGAAUGAAUACUGCUCAGUUAAUAAAAGUACUUGAAAAUUCAGCACUAAAAUUAAUCCUCUAAGAAUAGAGAAUUUACAUAAGCUUAGCUCUGAUCAAUGUAUGUGGUUCUACGUUUUGCAAUAUUUAUUCACAAUUGAUUGGUUACAACAUUAGUCUAACUAACCUUGAUUAUAUUUCAGCAUCAUGCUUCUCUUAAAUUGUUCGUUUAGGAAGUUAACCAAAUUGAAAUUUGAUAUCAGAAGAAUUCUGUUUCCAUUGAUAGUGGGUGUAACAUAUUCAUGUAUGCUCUCUCUUUAAAAACCAUAUUAUCUUAGCUGAUUUAAACCAACUGUAUUGAUUUGAAAUAAUUAGAAAGUCACAGCAGUUACCUUGAAGGUUGAUGACAUAAAAAUUUGAUAUACAUGACAAACUGAAUUUAGAGGCACCAAGCUUUUAAAAUAGUUGUCUUGAAAACAAUUUGAAAAUUUGAAAACACUGCUUUAAUAUCCAUAUAGCCUUAUGACAUAUUCAAUAUUUCAAGCGUAAUUUUUGUUGCAAGUCACACUGCAUGAAAUAAGCAGAUAUUCUAAUUGUUUGGUGAAUUCAUUUAUAUGGGGUGUAAAGAAAUACUUGUGACUCAACUGUGAUUGUAAAACUAGGCAGAAUCAGUAUAGAUCUGUGUCUGUUGAAACACAAUGACACAAAUACUUGAAUAGUGUUUUAUUCUGUACUCAACUCAAAUUAUGAUAUAUUAGAGCAUAUAAAUCAAAGUAAAAGUUUAUUGUUAAAUUUUUAUGGCUUACUGAGCAAGGUAUGAGUUUUGCAGACUUUGACUGGCUUUACUCAGUUUGUUGCUGUUUUGUCAACUCAAUUUUUUACUCUCCACUGAUUAUCACAACCUGUCUUGACUCAUGAUUCCAGAUAUCUUAACUCGCUCCUCUUGAACAUCAGCAUACAUAUUCUCUUUAAUAUUCUCUAUACAUUUCUAAGGGUGCUGUUGUCCUUUUUUUAUUGACUGCGGGGUAAUUAAUUCAUUGAUUAAUGCAACUCUGUGUUUGAAUCAAUCAUGUUUAAGAUAUUUCUAGAAGUAUUUUAGUGUUAUUAUUGAUGUAAGAGUUUAAGGUUGAAACUGUUUUAUUUCUUACUUAAGUCAACUGUUUUCAUUUGCUUCUUUUUACAGGACCUCGCAUUAUUGUUGAACAUACCCAAAGUGCAUCAAACCUUCACGUACCAAGCGAAAAGUUGUCGGUGAGUAGAUUUACAUGCAGUUCAUAUGUAAUGAGUACACCUUAAUUGAUGGUUUAGCAUAUAAUAAUGCAAAUAUUUGUAAGUUGUGUAGCACUUGAAGGGGCAAGGAAACAUACAAGCAAUCAGCAAGUUGUUUUCAAAAUAACAUGUUUUAAAUUUAAGUAUUUAAAGAGAUCAAUGUACAACUACUCAUCCACUAUGCAAAUUUUUCCAUGACAUUAAAGAUGGUUAACAAGUUGAAUUACUGCAAAAUCAAAACAUGGGGUUUGCUUCCCUGCUGUUGUUAAAGUGUAAGUUUAAAGUUUUUAGUUCUUCUUUCAUCUACAGACUGGGCCAUUUCAGAUAGACACAGGUAUCUUAUCAACUUUCAAUCAACAACUUUGGUUACUUUGCCAGAUCAAACUGAAUGGAACAAAAGCAGGUAUACUGUAAUAUUGUUUUGAAAUUGAGUAUAAAAGCAUUAUCAGGUGUGUCAUUAUAAAAUGUGAUAGGUGUAUGAUGUUAGCUGAGUAUAUGGCUGAAUUGAAUUUUGCUUGCACAGGAAGCAAAGCAACAUGCAAAAAAAGUUAAAUUUUAAACAUUCUGAGAUUUAUUUAUAUGCUAAAUAUACCCUGGCAGUAUUCUGCUAGAGCAUAUUUUAAUAUACAUUGAUUUCAAAAUCAGUUCAAAAGUACACCUGUAGUUAUUUCCUGUCUCUUAAGGUACCUGAGCUGUCUACACCACUAAUAGUUUAAGCACUGUACUUCCUGUAUACUGCCUACUAGCUUCAGUUGACAACCGUGAUUAUUGUGGAAGUUGUAAGAAAAUCUAGCUUAUCAAUUUACUAAACAAACUGCAUUAAAGCUGAAUAUUGCUUUUUGGGUAUUGCUGAGUGAAAUCUAUUUUCUGAGUGCAAUACAUGUGAGACUAAAAAAUGAUUUUCACAUCAAAAGAUUAAGAGCUGCUCUUAUUCUCAUCUUACAAAAGAGCAUUGGGGGAUCCUAGAAAUUGCCUUUUUUUUACUAAUACAUGUAUUUCUUGCAUGUUUUUGUCAUUUUUCUGUAGGGGCAUCAUUCUCAGACAGUUUUCACCUGAGUGUUAAGAUUUAUGGAAGAGCCAAGGACAGUAGUUAUCAUUUAAUAGCUGAAACUCCUUUCAACAGGACUCGCCAGUUGCAAUGUCAAAAGGUUUGAGGUUCUUUGCUUAUUUUCUUGUUGUUAUUAUUAUUAAGUUGAUCUUCAUAGUCUAUGGCCCUGUUCACACUACAGUCAAUACAUUUGAAGAUGGGGUUUUCCCCCUGAAAUUUUAAAUAAAGAACAGGAUAUUACACAAAUUUCUUUUGAUCACACACAAAUAAUAUGCAGUGCUGAGUCUCAAUAAAGCAAUUACAUCAAGAUUGAGUCAAAGAGGUUUUGACAAUUGUUAAGUUUUGUUUACCUUCUACUACCUAUACUAUUUUCUAUUCCAGUCAUCAGCAACUAUAAGCUACAUCUGCAAUUGAUGGUAGUUAACUAUUUUUGGUCAAUUUUGCAACAUUAUUGAAACAAAACAGUCAACCGAACAUAACUGAUUUCUAAAUAUAAGUACUACAAUGUAUUAUUGUGUGAUUUGGCCACCUUAGUUUACGAAAAAAGUGUUUGAAUAAAAAGUUACAAGAAUUAGUUCUCAACAAAAAUUACUAUAAUGUCAAAUGGGAAAGUUACUCUUGCAUAGCACACAUACACACACACUAAAAAUUCCAAUAUCCAAAAUUUUCAUCCUCUGAAGUCCAUUGCAGAAAAAAUUUAUAUUAAGAAGUAUUUGAUAGGUACUAAAUAGCAAACUGUCCUCGGGUGAAAUACAAGUAAAUUCCAGGUUUACAUGUUUUAAGUGAUUGUCUGCUUAUCUUUUUGGUUCCAGGAAUGCAAUCCUUUGGUUAUUUUACAUCUUGGAUAUCUUGAUUAUCCAUCAUAUGUGGCAACUGUCAACUUUCAUGGCCUCCAAUUUCCUAAAGGAAUAGAUAUUAGAGACAUUGAUUUUGUGGUAAGCCUUUGUACUUGAGAUAUGAAAUUGUGAGUUGUUCAUCAGUGUUUUUUUAUAAGAUAUCAAUGUGAAUGUGUUAAAGGGAAGAGGAAAUAAUGUAAUUUGAAGCUUAUAUUAGACAUGUAAUUUGCAUUGGCAGAAAAAUUAUUUGAUUCACCAGACUAUUUUCUCAAACAUGUGACACAAUAGUUUUAUAUUCAAGUUAGUUUUUUCAUAAUUUGGAGUUAAAUAGCUGUGAAUAAAUGAUACAUUUACAUCUUACAUUGGGGUUCAAUAAGCUAGCAUGUAAAAUUACCUUUAAUUUGAAAGAUGCCACAGAAUUUUAGUUUGGUUCAAUAGAAAAACAUCAAAAUGGAAAUUAUGAACAAAAAUGGAAUUACAUCUUACAUUGGGGUUCAAUAAGCUAGCAUGUAAAAUUACCUUUAAUUUGAAAGAAGCCACAGAAUUUUAGUUUGGUUCGAUAGAAAAACAUCAAAAUGGAAAUUAUGAACAAAAAUGGAAUGAGGAUCAUUAGAAAUGGAAAGGGUUGAUGCAGAUUGUAAAUUGAGAUAUUUACAAAUGAAUGCAUAGCUUCAUCAAUUCUUCACCUGUAAAAUGUUUUCAGAGGUGCAACAAACUAAUGACUAACUGUUCACUUUGAUUGCAGUUGAAACAUUACAGUGCUGAUUUCAGUCAAGUUGAAAUCUGGUUCAGAUUUGUAUUCCUUGUCCUUACAUUCAUGGUUACAGUAAGUACCUGGUUGAAAGUGAUGUUAACUUGUUUUCAAAUAGAGAACUGUUCCUAGAAGAUGAACUGUAAUUAAAAACAGGGCAGAAAAAAAAGUUUGAAAAAGUUUUAAGGUUUUAGCUAGGAUCAAACCCCAACAUCACAAUAGGAUGGAGCCACAAUCUGUGCUUAAGAGCUUUUAAUUUUGGGAGUAUGAUAACUUUGCGUGGGUUCUAUGUUUGCUGCUAAGGGAUCCAGCCAAACAACCGACAGUUAGGAUUAUCAAACUAAAAUUUCAGUCCUUUAUAAAUAUCCAUAAUUCACCAUAGAGGAUUAUAUUUAAGGAAAUGUUUAAUGUAGCCCCCAGGUCUCUGGAAGGUCAUCAAAUUGUGAUUUUUUUUGGUUUCAGUGUAUGUUUGCUCACUCAUUGAGAAGAUUUCCAUUACGAGAGUGGUCUAUAGAACAAAAGUAAGGAACUUGCAUAGUCUCUCAAUGCAGUAAUUCUGGCUUUUAACUUUGAUAUUAUUAUUUAUGCAUCACAUCAAUUGCAUUAUUAGUCAAACUUGAGACAAUUUUUUUAAAUUCAUGAAUAGAAUUUUUUUGCUGCCAGUAACAUGUAAAUGUAGAAUUGCAUUUAAUAUCAAGGUAAAGAAUCAAUAGGCCAAGUUUAUUUCAGUUUAUUGGUAACUUACAAGCUUUUGUUACCUAAAAUUAUUUAUAAAAACACUGUUCAAAGAGCACCUGUGUAGUUUUGAAUAUGGUGGAAAUGUUUCCUAUUGGCUUCAACUCCUGAUGUUCAUCUUUAGGCAACAAGUUUCAAGCAUGUGUUUCUCCAUGCUUGAACUGGAUGAAUAGAUAUCCACAUGUUGUUGAGUUGAUAAUGAGAUUAUUGUAAACUUUUUUUGAAAGCUUUUUUGCUGAUAAUCGGGUCUAGAAUCAUACUUGAAAAAAAAUAUUGUUUGUGCAAAAAAAUCUGUGACGGUCUUACAUACAAUUAAGUGUCUCUAAAUCUAAUAAAUUUCUCUUUGUUCAGAUGGAUGUCACUUCUUCUUCCACUACUGUUGUUGUACAAUGGUAAGUGAUUUCCUUCAACCUUUUCAUUGCCAGGAGUGAUCAAUAAGUUAUUGUGCUAGAAAGCAUCAAGACUCUGUCAAAUAAAAAGAUCACAAAGAGAAAGUAAAAUAUCAACUUAAGCUGCUGAUUAAUUCAACAACUACUUAUUUUAAGAUACAAACACACGAGAAAUGUAUGACAGACAGUAAGGAGAAUUGAUAGAUGUCAAAAUCUUGGGUUGAAAAUUCUGAGGGAGUGUUUUCAUCUCAGCUCAGCUGGUGCAGAAAACUUUUCCUCCAUGGGGAUGAUCUAUAUUUUGGCUGAUAACAGAGUUCUGCAAUGAGGUUGCACAACUUUUGAGGAGCUGUUAGGAAUAAAUUAAGGUGAUCUAUGGAAAUGAAAUUUGAGCACAAAGUAAGAGACUGGUAGUGCUUCAUUUAAGUUUUACAGCACACAUUUAUUUCUCUUUUCCCUUUUUAACAUUUCAGUCUCUGUCAGAAAUGUUUCCAAACCAAGCACAGGCACUCAUUUUGUUUUGUUGUAAACAGAAGGAGUUAUGUUCACCGCCUUGUAAACUAUUCCUAACCUUAAACAAGGAGUGAUGUAACUACUUAGACAAUCCACUGAAAACUCUUUUCAGCUCUUAAAUUAUACUAGUCUUAUUGUUUUCAUUAUGGUUUUUUUUUCAAUAGACCCAUUAUUUCCUCUCAACUUCCUGGUGAACAGUUGGGUUCCUGGAAUGUUUGAUUCAGUGUUCCAGGCAUCAUUUCUCUGUGGCCUGUUGCUCUUCUGGCUUUGUGCCUUCCAUGGCAUCAGACAGGUUUUUAAAAUUUUCUUCUUCUCGUUAUCAGUAUGUAAGAGAUGAUUUUUCUUUUGCAGAAAUUUUUUAAAUGAGUUCUGAAAGAUCAGAUGUAGCAGUGGUAUUACUUUCAAUUAGUUAUAAUCAGAUAUUCCUUUUUGAGAAAAGUCCUCCUCUUUCAUGGUUCCCUUUCUCUCAUAAAGAAUGCCUGAGUGUUAGAUGUAAUAGACAGCUGAUUUCAGUACAUUGUUAAGACCCAGUUUUUGAAGACAUUAUUUGCCUUUCUGGACUUCAAUGGAUUGAAAAGACAGAAUGUUUGAGGCUUUUCCCAAUUGGUUGGUGUAUAUGAAAAAUUGCUUGCUCUUGUAAUGAAGAGCAAUAUCCAGUCUUGUCAUGGAAUUAGGGUAGUUGCAUUUGUGGUUGAGUAGUACUCUUAAGGUAGUGAAUUAUGUGAAACAACUCAUUGCAAUCUUUUUUUUUUUUUUGACUUAAAACAGAGUGAAAGAAAAUUAAGUUUCUAUCUCCCAAAAGUUCUCAUAGUUGGCCUUCUAUGGAUUGCAUCAUUCACCCUGUCAUCUUGGCAACAGUAAGUUUUCAUUUGAAGGGUACAUAGGAAGAAGUUUACACUGACUUGUGAUAGAUAACCAAAAAGUUCUUUCAAGUGUUUUUUCCUUUCUGAAAUGUGGGGGGAAGUUGAUGUUGGACUAAAAGCCAUUUAAAGCUUUAUUCUGCACAAAUCUUUGGUUUCUUAAUGAAAAAAAAACAUUCCAUUUUCUUCUUGAAGCUUUGUUGAUUUGGUUGUUCAGUAAUUAUGUUAGCAACCAUCUGAAAGAGUAUCUUAUUGGCAAAUGGGGUUGUAAUAAUGCUGCACCUGAAUAAUCUUAUAUGCUGCUUAAGCCUUUGAGAAAGUGUAAAGUAUACAGUGCAACAAGGGGUACUGCAUUCGUUUAUUUCCAGGAUCAGUUUGAACUACAGUCAUGGUUGACCUCUCUAAGGAGGAGGAGGGUGGAAAUAUUAAGGUGAUCUGAUGAAAGAUACUUCUUUCUUGACAGGUAUAAUGAGUUACAAGAUCCCACGUACCAAUACAAGAUAGAUAUUGGCCAUUUUAUGGUAAGAAAGCACAGGAUGUUGAAAAUAUAAUACAGGAGUUUUGUCAUGAUAAGUGAAAGUUUGUCAUUAGCUAUCUAUGUUAACCCUUUAACUCCCAAGAUCUGAUUGUUAGUUCUGCCUUCUGGCUGCUGCACAUUUCCUUUUAGUCACAAAAACAAGAAUGUGGUGUUAGAUCAAGACUACUAACUUCUACCCAAUAAGUUUGAGUAUUCUCAUUGCGUGUUGGCUGGAUAAUGUGUGGAUGUUAUAGGGAGAAGAUGGAAAUUUUGCUGGAUUUAAUUUUUGUGGAUUUUGUAGAAUUUCCUAAAUCUGCAAUAAUAAAUUCCCUCGAAAAAAUUCUGGGUAUAUCCAUAGUGAAAUUAAAGACUCCAUUAACAGAUUUCUUGUCUUGCAUCCUUGGUUUGUAAUGAUUGUUUAGAUGUAUGCUCAUCUCUGAAUGUUGUGACCAUUUUUCACAGGGUCUAAAGGUGAUGUUCUUCACUAUUGGUGCCAUUUACCUGGUGUAUUUGAUCUACCUGUUAUUCAGGGCAUACAGUGAGCUCAGAGCCAUGCCUUACUUUGGUAAGUUGGAUAUUGAUGUGAGACAAAAAAGAGAAGUAGUCAUCUAUUAAAUUUCCUUUUCAGAAUCUUAACAGUUUUACAACACAUGCUGUCAAAUGUGAGUUAAGUCAUGCAGUGUCUAAGAUGAAAAAUGGCAAUUUUUAUUUGCCUGAUGUUUUUAAUUCUUGUUUUUUUCCCUUGUUGAGGUAAUUGGAAUUGAAAGUAAUGUUGUAAUCAAAGGUAAUUCUUAACUCCAAAUGCUGAUCAAGAUUUGUUUUUUUCAAUAUGGCAGUCAUUUAUCAAAAAAACAUUCAACUAGAGUUGGAUAUCAGUACAGCUGUAUGUGGCAGUAAAAGUCAGCCCUCCACCUGUCAACUUACAAGCAAUUAGCCUAAAUUAACUUAUCUGUUAAAGUUCUCCCACUUUGUGUUCACAGAUGUUCGCCUUAAGUUCCUCACAGGUCUUAUGCUGAUUGUCUUGACAAUAAGGUAUGCAGUAUAAUCUUUGUUAUAAGUUUAACAGUGACUAACCAUACUUUACAUGUAAUGGUUAUCAAUUGAUUCUGGGUGCUGUUUGCAAUACAUGUAUAUAGGGACCAGUAAACUUUUCAAAGACCUAAAACCAAUGAAAUAAGGUGCAAUUUGAUGUCUUUGAACAGUUUAUGAGUUGGUGGGAUUAUCAUUAACUUAUUUCCUCCAAUAAGCACUUAUGCGCUUUUUCAAAAUUUCAGAUACAAGGAGGGCAGACGACACUUAAUUGAGGGGGUGCUUAUUAUUCUCCUGUAUUGAUUCCCUUGCUGUUUAAGUUCAAAAAAUUGUAAAUGAAAUGGCAAUAGAAACAGGUUUUCCUUGUAUCCCUGCUAUUGAAGAAAUUUUAAGGAGUAGUGGGGCACUUAUUUGGGCAUGAGUGCUUAUUUGAAGAAAUACAAUUUUCAUCAAAUAAUUUUUAUGGCAACUUUCUGUUCACAAUUUCAACCCUUCAGGGUUUGGCAUUGAUUGAUAGCUCCACAGCCACAUGCCAUCAUCAUCUGGUUUUUUUUCUUUUUUUUUAAUUAACUCUUCAAUUGUAUUUCAGUCUGGUAAUCACAGGCCUUCGGUUUGGGACUGGAGUGUUGCAGGACAACUUUGUUGCAGAACUGGAAACACACUAUGAUAAUUAUAUCCUUUUGUUCUAACAAGCAAUCACUAAUAACAAAAAUGAUUUCUUUUUCUGCCUAACAAACUUUUAUCAAGAGUUAGCUUUAACCCUUUCAGUCCAAGGAUUGAUCAGUAGAUUAUUUUUCUGUAGCAAAUCAGGUAGUUGUCGGGCAUAUAGGCGGUGAGAAUGGUUUAAAACCACUGUUAUGGGUCUAUGCGUAUUGGUAAUCAAAUGACUUUGAAUACAGUAGCUGAGAUCAAAACUUGCCCAAACCACAGUUUCCCAGUAAUUCUUCGCCACCAUUGUUAGACAUCUCUGUCAAAUUUGUUGCUUUGUAAGGAUUCAAAGUGUAUUCUUUAACACUGAAUACCUGCCGAAUUCCUGACGUUUUUUGGAUUGCUCAACUUCUACUUGUACACCAUGGCAUUCGUGUAUUCACCAUCCAAGAAUGCUCUGUAUGGUAAGACAACGUGUCUCCUUAUCAAAUUUGUCUGGCUGGCUAUUGUCUAGUUUUCUCCUUUCUCUUCACAUCUGGAGAGUUUCAGAACCUCUUUCCCCUUUAGACCUGCAGACCUUGCAACGGCAGAAUUGUAUAUUGUGACCCAACUGGCUAAUUUUUGAUGGUUUUGGGGGGGGGGUUUCUUAAUCAGAGUUCGAACUCCCCCCCCCCCUCCACACCACAAGAAUGUCAAGAUCCUCCCUGUCCUGUACUCCCGUGUCGUGAUGUAAUUUCCUCGUUCUCGUUUAUUUGUGCCGGCGAAAGAAAAUUAACGUGAAAUGCCAUUACGCCGUGUUAACCCCUUUAAUAUAGAGACAUUUUCAUUUCAUAUUCUUUGUUUUUGUUUGUUAAUUUUACGGUGUUCUUUUUUGAAAUGCAUUUUUCUAUGGACCGAAAAUAAACUCAAAAUGUCGUUCAAGCCAUGUUUGGUCUAAAAAAUUCGCGCCAUUCUAUCAACCAAUCAGAUGCAAAAGUUAAACCAAUCACGACUUGGUCGCUCUCGUUCUCCCGCGAUUCUGUGCUUUUGUUUUGAGGUCUCAUGGGCUCAUUGUGAUAUUUACCUUUGUUCUUAUUGGUUGUUGUAGAGUCCUAUUUCCGUGAUCAGUCCACAUUUUCGAUGUUGAACGAGUCUGAAGAUGAGGACGCCUUGAUAUACAAGUAAGGAGUUGAAUUUCGUCAUGAGCUAUCAUUAUCCUUUAUCUCAUGAAACUUAUUCUCGUCUAACCAUUUAUGUGAGGAGCAAUACUCCCCUCUCCUUCCACGCCGCUGUUUCUUUAAAUUAAAGAAGAGAUUCUCUCAGCUCAGUGGAAGGGAAGGGGUGGGGGGUGGGUGGAGGGUUAUACCAUAAGUUAUACGCGCGAACGUCAGUAAUGCCGGCAGUUGAGCAAUUUCUCAUUGAGUAUCGAAAUUAAUUGGGGGUAACAGGUUAGAAUGAGCACUAGACUGAACAUAAAUUUAUUACGGUUUUCCUUUUGGUAAAAAAAGUUAAGCGAAAAAUCAUCACCCAUAACGUUUUCUAUAACUCUUAGAGGCGGUAGGGUAAGAACAUGUAUUCGCUAAUUUGCUAUUUUUUUAACUCACCAAAUGUACACAGAUGUAAGUGUUUGGAUGGUGUAUUGAAGGUUUUUAGCAGUUUGAAAUAUGUCUUUAAAUUUUUCACUUAUUAACCUAUUAGGUGAUUUCUGUAUGAAGUGGAAGGGUGUUGUUGUCCUGCCUUUGGUUUCGAUGGGAAACUUUGCUCUGACUCGGCCCUUGCUCUCCCUCAGCAGCUUAUGUCGUAUCGUUCAAAUAUGACUUUCGCCAGAUUUAAAUCUGACGCGAAUGUUGUUUAAUAUGAUGCAUCAUUUACUCAAAAUGUUUAGUUUCUAUUCAAAAGAGUCAUGUUUUUUUCUUUUCAGCUCUCAGCGGGAAAAAGCUACCUUCAGCAGCAGCGAAGAAGAAACUUAGAGCAUUACACUUCCCUUCUUGCAAAGUGGACGUAAAAACAACGCUCUUCUCAGAAGUUUUGUAUUCAGAAAGUGCUAAUUUUAGAAAAAGAAAGUUACUAUCCAGAAAUAACUGGGGUUUUCCCCUCUGGAUCAGAUCUUUAAACAGUUUCUUAAAUUAGAUACCAGAUGUGCUCAUUUCCAUUUAACACGUUUUUUUUUUCCGUUCUGUAUUGUUUUGUUUUUGUUUGUUUGUUUGUUUGUUUGUUUCUCAUUUCUAGAACAGUUUUUUUUACUUCUAAUUACGCUAGAGUAGAAAAUUAUAAUGUUUAUUUAUAAAAUCUUACAUAACCUCCGUCUUUGAUCUGAGGGAAAAAUCAGUGAGAGUGAUGAAUUUGAUAACGUUACGUUACAUAAUAUUAAUUUCCCUUUCAAGCCCAUCACAACCACGCCCCCUUCCCUCCCCCAACCCACCCCCAUUUCUCUCCAACCCACCCCUCCCUCAACUUGAUCCUGUUGGGAGAAAGGUGGGUAAUCUUUAACGUAGUUUUCAAAUCAGAAUAUAAAAAUAUUUACGAUAAUACAGAGUAACAAAUAGGUUCUAACUCUGAGAUUCAACAGACUGAAGUAUAUUUUAACAGCAUCAGUUUCGUGCUUCUCCUCACGACGAGUCACACAGCCGUAGAACUUUUUCAAUGUAUUUAUGUAGAAUCUUCAACCCCUUGUUGAAUAUGGAGUAACAGUUGAAUCGACAUAAUCUACUGUUAUUGUCAUAUUUAUUCACUCUUUAUACGAAAUGUUUUUAGUUACAUGUUAAUGUGAUAACUGUCACGUCACCUUUGUUAAUGAGGACUGAAACGCAGCUUGUGUGAAGCAUAUAACUUUUAAGUGGGCUAAUAAAAUGUCCAAAAUUAUCGUAAAUAAAUAGAUAUCAAAAUUUAGGUUAAGAAACUAUCACGAUCGUUGUCUCUUCUGCUGAUGAAGGCCUCACGAACCCCAAAUGCUUAGGACUGUGUGCGUAUGGGAAGUAUAAAUCACCUUUCGAAAGUAAAGCGCUGUCACUUGCUUCACAGAGACGUUCGGGUAAAGUGAAAGUUAAGCCAGUUUAGCAGAUCGCCAAAGGAAUGUCUGUGGAUAGUGAAAGAAGGAUAUUGGGCAAUAAAAUGGAAAAUGGGAACAAUUGUUAUUCGAAUUUUGAAUUUUUUUAUGAAUUAUCGAAC